CCGAGCCGAGCCGAGCCGAGCCGAGCCGAGCCGAGCCGAGCCGAGCCGAGCCGGCCGCGGGGCCGCCCCCUCCAUGCGCCUGCCGAGCAUGUCCCAGCCCUUCCUGCUGGCGCCCAUCGCGGAGUGCCCCGCGGGGCCGCCCCGCGCCCAGGUCCGCCUCGCGGUGCUGGGCGCCCGCGGCGUCGGCAAGAGCGCGCUGAUCGUGCGGUUCCUGACCAAGCGGUUCAUCGGGGACUACGAGCCCAACACAGGGAACCUCUACUCCCGCCUGGUCCAUCUGGAAGGAGAGCAAGUGGCCGUGCAGAUCCAGGACACGCCGGGCUGUAUCCAGGUGCAAGAAGACCCUGUGCAGAUGCUGGAUGCCUUGUCUAGAUGUGCGAGGUGGGCAGAAGGCUUCCUCUUGGUCUACUCUGUCACAGACUACAGUAGCUAUGAGUCAAUUCGACCUCUCCAUCAGCACAUCCGCAAGGUCCAUCCAGAUGCGAGGACUCCCAUCAUUAUUGUGGGAAACAAAGCAGACCUUCUCCAUGCCAGGCAAGUACAGGCAAAAGAUGGACUACAGCUGGCGAAUGAACUAGGCAGCCUGUUUUUAGAAAUUUCCACGAGUGAAAACUCCCACGGUGUCUGCGAGGUUUUCCAGUAUCUUUGCAAGGAGGUCAGCAAACUUCACCACAGCAGCAGCACAGACAGGAGACGGUCAUCCAUCAUCCCUCGGCCCAAAUCUCCCAAUAUGCAAGAUCUAAAAAGACGAUUCAAACAGGCUUUAUCUUCCAAGGUCAAAUAAACCCCACUGAUAAGAUCAAGUGUGACUCAAUAGACUUCUUAUUUUUGUAAGCUAGUUAAUAAAGAUCUUUAUUUUUGUACUAAUGCCAGCGAUGUGGAAGUAAGUAUAUUGAAGCUUGCAGUUCUUUUUGCUAUUCUAUUUUGCUCAACUGUUACUCUUUUAAAUUUGAUUUAAAAAAAAAUGCUACAUAGCAACCAAAUAAAAAUCUUUGGUAGCUGGAGAAGAGGAAUUUGCUGUGAGGCUUUGAAUCUGUUUCUGUUUGGGUCUGGGAUUUGCUGUUUUAGUUCGCUCAAAUUACUUUUGUUCUUGGGUCAUUUUCCUGCUUGUAAAAUUGGGGUGAUGAUGAUGUAACACUCACUCGCCUUAAUAUUUGGAAAGCCUUAGUUGGAAAGCUUUAUAUGGAGAGGAAAAAAAAAGCAUCAUUAAACAUGGAAAA